AUGCGUAAGAAUCGGGAUGCUACGUCGACGUCGUCGGGUGGCAGUUCUACGAUGAUGCAGCAUCGAGGAUCAAUUACUCAGUGCUCUGGAAUUGGCUCGAUCGGCCUACCAAUUCUUGGCGGUCGAGGGCGUGGAGUCAUGUCUGAUAGUCAUAUGCAACGAACAUUUAACGAAGCAAUGAGGCAGAGGAGGACCAGUUUACCAGCAAAUAGUUUAUCGCUGAAUGGAACCAAAAGUUUGAUAACCGGUUCUUCGUUGAGCGAAGCGAAAGGAUUGAUAGCUGAUAUGUUAAUGAAUAAAGAGUUACCUGGAAAUGUUGCCACGUGUCUUCGAGCAGUCGCCACACUUCUGGAGCAGAGACCACUGCCUAUUAAUGGAUUAUUAAGUGAAUAUGGGUUACCAUCAGUGAUAGAGAACCCAUAUGGUGGCGAAUCAAUGGUUAUUGGGUAUCCCUCGCCAAAUUCAAAAUUUCGAUAUUCUUUGAAAUUCGGCCCGGCUUGGGACAAGUAUGGCGCGAGAGCUGGGGAUGCAGUUUUGGGGAGAUUCUGGUUUUUUUUCCAUUGGGAAGUAAAAAACAGAAAAUUCAAUGGAACUUCACUCUCCUCAAUUAUUAUUGUCGAUCUCUUAUAG